AUGAAAAGAUUCACGCUUUCUCUGACUUUCUUUUUAUUUUUCGCUUCUGAAAAGUUGUAUUUCGUGGAGUCUUGUGCAGCUACUUCUUCUGCUCGUGGAGCUAUUGUGACAACUACCUCUAGCACUACCUCUUCUACUACCUCAAGUACUUCAACAACUACCUCAACUUCCACAACAACGCCAACAACUACUACAACUUCUACCACCACUACAACUCCUACUACCACUACUACUCCAACUACUACCACAACUCCAACCACCACUACUACUCCGACAACAACUACAACUACUCCAACAACUACUACAACUCCUACCACCACUACUACUCCGACGACAACUACAACUCCUACAACCACUACGACGCCGACGACCACUACGACGCCCACCACCACUACUACUCCUACAACUACAACUACUUCAACAACUACUACAACUCCGACCACAACCACAACUCCUACAACUACAACUACUCCAACAACCACUACGACCACAACAACGACCACAACAACACCAACAACAACUACAACUCCUACAACCACAACUACUACCACGCCGACUACAACAACUACGCCUACAACUACCACAACUACAACUACAACGACGACGACAACUACACCACCAACCACUACUACCACUCUUAAUCUCCGAAGAUGUUCUCCAACUGCUAUAACCUACGGAAUGGGCGACAACUUGAAUCCUCAGCAACAGAUUUCAGUUAGUUAUUCUGGUUUGAUGUCUACUCAAAUCGGAAGCACUUCUGAUACUAUUUCCACAAUGACAGUAUCCUGUUCAGCCAUCAACGGAUACAUUGCCUAUAUGUCAUUAAAUGGAGGAGGUGUAUCUCCAGUAGAGAAUCAAAAUAAUAACAGCCGUCCACAAACUGUUGCAAUAACAGCAACUUGCAGUAGUGUGAAUAUGGUUUGGAAUUAUGUUGUUGUUUUGAAUGGAGUAACCUAUACAAUAGGUUUUUAUUCCGUUAAUUGUAAUCAAGGAACCAUUCCUGGAGGAGGAUACACUCAGAUCGGGCCACUCGAACUAAACACAUAUCUCAAUCAAACAAUGGGUCUUGGAAUGUAUCUUCAAGGUCCAUUAACUCAGAUGAUGAUCACAAUAAACCGUUUUCUUGUCAUCUGGUUUACUCCAACAAGUGUUCCGAAGUACAGUACCCGGGUUACUGUAACAGCUCUCUCAGUAUCUUGGGUAGCAGUCAUUUGGUUGUCUACUCUUGUUGGAUUACCAGCGAACUGUCGCGCUCCAAUGGGUUUUGAGCAUAUCGGAUACUAUUCUACUCCAUGUAAUAAUCAAAUAACUAUCAUUGUUGUGUCCGCUAUAUUCCUGUUGGCUCUUUUCACCAAUAGUAUGAAUCUCAUGAUAGCUGGAAAAUUAAUUUGGGGCUGGAAGAAGGCGCAAAGUAACUUAUCAUCCGAAGCAAGCCAGCUCCGCCGCAGGACAUCUGUUCGCUUCUUCAUUCAAUCGUGUAUCCAAGAUUGGAUAUGUGUCAUGGAUGUGUUAAACAAUAUGGCUUCUCAUUUAUAUUGCUCAUCCGACCGUCUCUGUAUCUCACUUGCUUUGAUCUCAUUUGGUGUAUUGGUUUAUGGAGCCGAUGGGUAA